AUGAGUGGACAAAAAUUAACUGUAACAUAUUGUGAUGAAUAUGAAGUUUGGCCGUUAAUUGCAGAUGACUUGAGUUCUCGACUUCCACUUCGCCAUCUAAAAUGGCAACCGUCCAGUCAACGUGCUGAAUGCAUUAUUCCUUUAUUAGAAGUCGAUUUGAAACGGUUCACAAUCGAUCCUACACCACCAUCUCUAACAGCUACACAAACUGUUUAUUUAAAUUUAUAUUUUGUAACUUGCGAUGAUAAUGAAGUCUAUAAAUCAAAAAUUAGAAAGAAUAUUCGUCAAUGGGUUGAAAUGAUGCAAACGAAAAAGAAUCAAGAGUGGUUAAUUGUUUAUGUAGCAGAUACAGAAGCGAAACGUUCAAAUAAUUAUUUAGGUUUAAAAUCCUCUAUCUAUGAUAAAAUCAAAACAGAUUUUAAUCCACCUAAACAAGAUAGAUGUGCUUAUAUUCGUAAAAAGGAUCCAGAAGGCCCGCAGUCCGAGCUUUGGUCGUCGUUUAUUGAGAAAAUGAAAGAAUGUAUUUUAUCCAGCUUCGACAUGCAAGUCCUUCAAAUACAAGAAGACACAAGACGUUUAGACAUGCAGCGGCAUAUGCCUGGUUGGAAUUACUGUACCUUUUUCAUUCUUAAGGAAGGGCUUGCACAAGCUUAUGAAAUCAUGACUCUCUAUGAAGAUGCUCUCAUCCAAUAUGAUGAACUCGAAGCCUCCUUUUUUCAAGUCUUGCGUGAUAAGGCAUUAGCUUGGUUUGGUCACUUUGGCGGUACAGAUGCUUAUGACGAUAGUGGUAAUAUCCUCGACUUUAAGCGCAAAAACUACCGCGAUCUAAUCAACAAGAACAUUAUCUCGGUCUUUGAUUUUAGGAGCUAUCUAUUUGCAAGGCAAUGCCGUAUGUUGAUUAAGUUACAAAGGGUAGUAGAGAUGUUAGCACGUGCUCAACUGUUUAUUACAUCCUUUAUACCAUCCAUUCGUGAAAAUGCCUUGCCGGAGCAUUUUUUAGAGUCUUGGGUAUUCUCGGCUUGUAUGAAUGUUGUGAACGAAUGUGAACCAUUAGGGGAAGACGACAAGGCAUAUCAUGCAGUCAAAGCAGAUCUAUUGUUGACUGCACGACGUCAGCUUGAUAAGUUAGGAGUUAAAUGGGGUCAUUUGCCAAACACAGAGCCAUUUUCAAUUUAUAUGACAGAGGAUAACUCAGAGAAUAACGACAAAAUAGCUAUCACCAACCCCAAGUUAUUAGAAGCGAUGGCCUCGCUUGAGGCCUUUGAUAAAGCCUAUAUGGGACUAAGCACCCGCGUCAUCAAAUGCUAUGAUCAAAGCAAUCGUGCCCGAGCUGCUCUUUCUGUACAUGGUGACAUUGCGGCUUUAAAGUAUGUACGUGGGAAAGAUGAAGAGUGUGUUCGAAUUUUUGAAUCUAUGAUUUGGCGGUAUGGAGAAGAUGGUUGGAAUGCAAUUGAAAACAGUUUGCUGAUUAAGUGUGCGGAUGCUCAACGACGUUUAGGACGCAUUGAUCAGUAUGUGGAAUCAGUUUUGGCUCUAUUGAAAAAUAGUCAAGAUUCAGAAACAGCUGAACAUUAUACGAAUGAGAUGUUGACUAAUGUAAUCAAGUUGGAUAAAAUUAUUAAAAGACCCUUUGAGCCAAUUUUUGAAAUCUCUGUUAUUUCAAUUAUUGAUGGAAUAUCAGUUCCUAGUACAAGUGUGGAAGUGUGUAUCUAUAACCGCUUGCCUAAGAAAAUAUAUUAUGAUACUAUUUCAUUAAGAUUAGUAGGCAGUGAUCCUGAACAAAUUUGGUUUACAACUGCUAAUCAAGAUUUAUUACCCGGAAAAAAUACCUUUUUAUUAACAAGCAAGGUAUCAACAUCUGGUAAUUAUGUUGUAGAAAUGUGUGAAAUGGAAAUAGGAAAGCUUGUAUUUAGUCACAACUUCCUUCGUCCUGGACAAAAGAAACGUGUAAUGCGAUUAAAUCAUGAUAUAAAUCAACUUUAUUUGUCUCUACAACAACCUUGUGAUGUAUGUUUAGGAGAAAGACAGAAAAUAUCAGUUCAAAUAGAUAGUCGAACAUGUCAUGUCAAACAAGGUGUUCUAUUACUAGAGCCCCAAACAGAAGGUAUGGAAAUCAUUCGUACAAAUCAAGUAAAGGGUAUUUUGCGACAUAAUGAAGAAGAGCAAAAAGAGAUUGAAUUGAAGAUGUCAGAAACAACUGGGGAAAUUACUUUGCCUGAACUUUAUCCUCUUGACCAAUUAGAAGUUUUUGUCAAAUAUGAUGGCCCGUAUACAGAAUUUGAUUAUAGGAUAAAGUCAACUGUCACAUAUGAAUCAAAAGAGGAUAAGGAAUGUAAAUUUAUCUCUUCAGACUAUGUAAGAGUCACCAUGCCUUUACUUGUAACUGAAUCCACUAUAUUUAGAGAAAAUUGUAUAUUUUUAAAAGUAGAGCUUGCUUGUAAUGGUGAUUUACCUGUGCGUAUUCUUGGAGCGUUUGCAAAACCAUCUACUUUUUAUGUAGUCGAAAGUCAAUCAGAAAUGAAACAAUGCGAUUUGACACUAUUUCCUCGACAAACAGUAACAUUCAUUUAUAAACUUUUGAAAAGGGAAGAUGAAGAUGACAUAAAAGACGUCAAUUCUAAAAUAUAUUUCAGUGUUAAAUAUCGAACUCUAAAGAAUGAGGUUGAAAAUAGUUUACAGAUCAUGUUGAAGGAGAAAUUGAAAGCAUUUGAUUUGGAUCAACAUACACCUUAUGUAUUUCAAAAGAUAAAGGAGGCAUUUUUAGACUCUGUAGAUUAUUCAAGUUAUGGAUUAACAGAUGUAGUUCACUUGGAUAACUUUGAUGUUGAAUUAUGUGAAUCCUUUUUAUUAAAUAGAGACCUCAAGACAAAAGUACAAUUAUUAGACUUGAUAGAAGACUUUUUCGAGCAAAAUGUGGCUAUUACAAUGCAACAAAUUAAACAAAAAUACCAUCAUCCACCAAUUUAUUCCAUCACAUUCCCACUUGAAGUUCCUACAAAAAAGAUCAUACAUACAGCUGAGCUUAUUCUUUCUGUUGAAAAAGAUUUACUUGUAUCUGAAGCUUGUUCCUGUACAUUACGUAUCAAACAACUUACAUAUUGGGAUCCAUCACCCAGUGAGUCCUAUUACUAUUAUGACAUUGAUGUAGAUUAUGAUAAUUGGUUACUGAGUGGUAAAAGAAGACUUCGGUUUUUAUCUAAACCCGGUCAAAUCAUGGAUUUCCCUAUAAAGCUAAUUCCUUUAAAGACGGGUAACUUAUUGUUACCUAAUAUACGUGUCUCUUCUGUAUCACCAGACAUCUUUGCAUCUACUAUCUAUGUCAACAGUGCACAACAAAUCUUGGUAAAGCCUAAAUCAAAGACAGCAACAUUCUUUGUAGAGCAGCAACAGAGAUUUGUUCAACAACAACAAAAUAUGUAUAAUAAUGGGUUACCAAUUGUUAUUGAAAAAUAA